UAAUACUCUAUUUGUAUCUUCUAUUAUUAAACAACUUUUAAUUCAACUUCCUAAUUCUACUAUUCUUUUCUUUUCAUUCAAUAUCAAUCCUACAUUAACUACUACUAUUCCUUACUCUCAACAUGUUCAUACAUGUGUUUUAUAUAAUAUCAAAAAUAUUUCUUGUGUUUUUUCUUAA